AUGAAGUUUGCCCACGAUUUCAAAGAGACCCUGGCCAGUCAAGACUUUCCCCCUCACUGGGUGAAACAGGCAAUUCCGUACGGCCAGCUCAAGAAAUGUCUCAAGAAGGUCCAGCGUGAGUUGCAGGACCUCGGCUUGGAUCCCGAAACACUACGAGCUCUCCUCAAUCACAACACUACCUCGCCCGUGGCCCUUCGAUACAAGCUUAAAGCCACCAAUUCAAACCUGGUGCGGCCAAAGUUGACCGUCUACGUCCACAUACAAGAUGGCAUCGCUGUCGACGCUUUCCUGACGCCCACCUCUCGCCUCUUUUUCGAGCGCAUCGCAGCAGAACUCCUCCUUGGCCGCAUGCCCAUGGAGCCUAGUCCAGCGGCCACGCGGUCCGACUUUGCCCACAAGGACAACCCGAGCGAUCCACCUGCACAGGCCGGCGCUUGUACCGUGCCAGCCGACCCCGUGACUCGGCCGAGCUACGAGAUCAUCGAGGUUCCAUUGGUCUUUGAUGGCGAGUUCUUCAAUUUGUUACAGAGCGAUGUAAACAACCUCGACGCCUUGCAAGCCGAGGAGGAGAAGAAAAUGACGACCGAGGUAGUUGAGCUCGGCAAGGAAGUGUCCCAGGUGUCCCGGCCCAGUCGCUUCUCCAAGAACGACCUGGCUCGCUGGCGUUGCAUAUUCGAACUUUACCUCGAUGCCGAAGUCUUCUUCGCCACGCAUGAGCGCGACCAUGGCGCAAGGUCGAGCCAGAAAGCACUGAAGCAGCUGCAGUGGUUCCAGGGCGAGGUGGACAAGCGCUACCUCGCCAAGGACUUCAAGCUCCGCGAGAGCAGGGUGGCCUUUGCGAGGUUCCUCAACCUCAACCUAGACUUACUGAAAAACAUUCAGUUUCAGGAAUUGAAUAAGCUCGCCGUCUUCAAGAUCCUCAAGAAAUUUGACAAGCGAACAUCGCUCGGUGUUUCGCAGACCUUUCCAGUGGCUAUUCAGUCCGAGGGCCUUCUAUCGCGCGACAUCGCCAAGGACGUUUGUGCCCAGAUGUCACAGGAGCUGGUCUCGGUUGUUCCUCAGCUCAACGUGGUGAUGAGCGCAUCAGCGGAUAACCUCGAUCAUAAACUGGAAAAGUAUAUGAAGAGGUAUUUCUCCAAUGAGGUCAAGGAAAAGCAUCGGGCAAAUGAAAUCGAGCGAGGCAUAGAGGACUAUGGGCCGGGCUAUACGCACCAGGAAUGUCUCGUUAUGUGA